UCAUUCGCGUUGUUUUGGUUUCUCACGUGUGCUAGCACGCACAGGGCACAAUGUGUUGUUAAACUUUCCCCGGUUACGCUAUUACAAUUUUUUUGCAUUUCGUGUGUCUUUAUUAGUCUUGAUAAGGUUUCUGUUGGUGUUAUUAAGUUGCAGCCCUUGAAACGAAGGAAAAAGAAACGGAAGACGCUAGCUAGCUAAGCAUUAUGGCUGCCUUCGUGGAGCUCGUAGCUGGCUGCUACGAGCAAGUUGUUUUUGGUUACAGUGUUCGAACUGACCAAAAGGAGUGGACGGCCAAGGCGGACUUUACCCAUCACGCACACAUGGCGUCCGUGUCUGCCGUGGCGGCCAGCAACAGGUUUGUGGUGACAGGCAGCAAAGACGAGACCAUCCUCUUGUAUGACAUGAACAAGAAGGUGGAACACGGCUCUCUGCUGCACCACGACGGUUCCAUCACCUGCCUGGAGUUUCACGGGACGACGCAUCUGAUGAGCGGGGGAGAAGACGGACUUUUGUGUGUGUGGAGCACCAAGAAGUGGGAGUGCCUCAAGUCCAUCAAAGCGCACAAGGGUCACGUGACAUCGCUCUCUGUACAUCCAUCCGGCAAACUUGCACUGACGGUUGGAACUGACAAAACACUGCGCACAUGGAAUCUCAUUAAUGGAAGAUCAGCUUUCAUCAAAAACAUCAAACAAAAUGCACACAUCGUCCGCUGGUCUCCCGACGGCGAUAAAUACGUGGUGGUCAUCCAGGACCAGCUCAACCUUUACGACUUGCAGACAGCCUCCCUGACCAGCACGCUCAAAAAUCCCAAGAGAAUCUCGGCCAUCAAUUUCUUGAAUAACUCCAUUCUGGCUGUCGCUGGUGACGAUGAAACAGUGCGAUUAUGUGAUCUUGCCAAGGGGGAGUGGGUGUGUGAGUUCAAGGCGCAUGAAACCAGGGUAAAAGCGGUGGAAAGUUUCAAGAUAGACGACGACUGCAUUUUGGUCACAGCGUCCAACGACGGCUUCAUCAAAAUGUGGAAGCUCCAUCUCAACCAGGAGCUGGAAUGUCCCAUCCUCUUGGGGGAAGUGAACACUGCGGCCAGGCUGACGUGUCUAGCCGUGUGGAAACCUUCAACGCCGCGGCAGACCGCAGAAGACGAGAAAGGAGGCGAGGCCGCAGCCACGUCACAAGAGUUGGCUAAGGCACUUUUGAAGACAAAGCGAGUGCGUAUCUUCACACACGAAGAAGUCCUUUUGGAAGAUGAAAGCAAACCGAAGAAGAAGAAGAAGAAAAAGCUUGGCGGGAAGCAGCAAGAAGCGAAAUAAAGUUGUUUUUUUUAUGUCAAAUGUGUGAGUGCUUUGGAUGGACAAAAAUAUUGCAGGUCUGAAGUCUGGAGAGAUAAAAUUUUUGCAUCUGGAUUUGUCAUCAGCCUUCAUCUUUCAUGUUUACCUGUUAAAGCUAGUGUCAGCUAACAAAACGACAGCAUAGCUAACGUUAGCAGAUAGCCAAAUGCAAGAGUAACGUGUGUUCAAAAACAAAUGUGGCUAUACUCUCCUAAAAAGGAACAUUUUCAUGUAACAUUAAAAUUAUUGCCACCAUUUUUCAACAACACUUGAUAUUAUUGUCAUUAUUUGCUAUUUAAAGCUGGACUUAUUUUCAUGACUGUCAUGUUCAUCUUCACAAGAGUGAUAUUCUGUCAUGAAUAAAACUUUGAAGAAAGCUCUUUUAAAACAUAGACAAGUACUCCUGUUCUAAAAGUUUGUUUCCUUGACUUGGCAAUGAUCAUGUAAGGACAUCACAUCUUUUUAAUUUUAUGUUGACCACUGCUGUGGUUCUUGUUUGAUUUUAUAUCCCAACACUUAGACAUCUAUGCACAAUGCUACAGACUCUUGGAAUAAUCUAAAUAAUUUCUUGACCUACUACGCUUCUUUAUUUCAAUUCAUUAAACAAUUGUAGACAGACUAAACCUGGUUUCAAAGUUGACCAGAGAUUAACCAUUUUAAAAUAUUGAAAGAAAAUUGAUAACCUUACUGUUGUUCUAAUACAGUUGUUCUUAACCUUGCAGUUUUAGCUCUUAUACAGUGGUACCUCUACUUAUGAAUGUCUCUACAUACAGAAUUUUCAGUUUAAGACACGCCUCAAUGGGAAAAUAUUGCCUCUUGUUACGAAGAAAGUUCUGGAUAAGAAAGGCAAAAAUUGCUGGUACUCGCAUCUCCCAGAGUUUACUGAACGUAACAUAGCUGCACUGCCAUUGGAUAUUACCAAGCAUCUUGCUAGCAUCCAACUGGCUAAGAGGGACGUCUAGUGUACUGGUAUGUGUAUAUCGUAGCAUCCUCUUCAUUUGCCCCUCUUGUUCUAACAGCUUUACUUAAGUGUAUUAACUUUUAUUCUUUAUUCUGUUUUUGUCAUGAUAACUUUUUUUUUUUUUUUUAAAUGCAAUAAUCUAAUUGUAACAGGUAUUUGUUGCAUUUUUUAAUUCAUUUUCAUGCAUUAUAAAAAAUUGU